AUGAAUCACCCUUAUGCAGACAUGGUGACCGCCACAUGGAUGUCUCUGCAGAAGGUGUUGACCUCGCGUGAGGCAAUCGACAUCGACGGACACACUUUGACACUCUCUGAUGUUGUUGCUGUAUGCAUGUACGGCGCGUCUGCUACCUUGACCAUGAAUGAAACGAUUAUCAAGAAGAUGCAGGAGAGCGUAGAAUACCUCGAUCGGCAUUUGCAGCGUGGCCAAAUCAUCUACGGCGUCAACACCGGCUUCGGCGGAAGUGCCGAUACGCGCACUUCGGAUUUCGAGACGCUUCAAAUCGCGUUACAACAGCAUCUCAAUGUUGGGAUUUUGCUUCCAACGGAUAAGAAAAUAUCCAAUAUGAGUACUGCCGGUCCGGCAGCAGAUGGGCUCAGAAGCCAUGCUCUACCUGUCCCGGUCGUGCGAGCGAUGAUGCUCAUACGCUGUAACUCCCUCAUGAGAGGUCAUUCCGGUGUCCGCAUGUCAACCGUCGAUGCUAUCAUGGCUCUGCUAGAAAGAGGAAUGACACCAGUUGUCCCACUACGGGGAAGCAUCUCAGCGUCGGGAGAUCUCUCUCCACUUUCGUAUAUUGCAGGGGCGCUCGAGGGGAACCCAGAUAUUUUCAUUCGAAUCGGCCACCCUGGAAAGGCGCAUUUAAUGUGCAUGCCAGCAGACAAGGCUCUGGAGUAUGCUGGGCUUCGGCCGACCCAUCUUCAGGCUAAGGAAGGUCUCGGAAUCAUGAAUGGAACAGCGACAAGCUGUGCAGCUGCUUGUGUUGCCAUUCACGAAGCGCAGUACAUCGCACUAUUGGUCCAGGUCUUAACUGCUAUGGGAACCGAGGCACUGCUCGGAACCGCAGACAACUAUCAUCCGUUUAUAUCAGAAUGUCGGCCUCAUCCGGGGCAAAAAGAGGCGGCAGCAAUAAUAAGAGCACUGCUUUCGGGCUCAAAGCUUGCUACCAUCGACGAUGCGCGCACAGUUGGCCUCGCUCAAGAUCGAUACGCUCUUCGUACAGCGCCUCAAUGGAUUGGCCCAUACCUCGAGGACCUCAUGCUGGCUUCCAGCCAAAUUCAGACCGAGAUGAAUGCUACAACCGACAAUCCUUUGAUCAACGUGGAGAAUAAUAGCAUCCAUCACGGGGGCAAUUUCCAGGCGACAUCAAUCACAUCGGCCAUGGAAAAGACGAUGAAUGCAAUGCAAAUGUUCGGAAAGCUUUUGUACGCCCAAAGCUCUGAGCUCGUCAACAACAUGACGAACAAGGGACUCCCUCCGAAUCUCAGUGUAGACGAUCCAAGCCUGUCCUUCACCUUCAAAGGCUUUGACGUCAACAUGGCCGCAUACAUGUCUGAGCUGGCCUAUCUUGCACAUCCCAUCAGUUCACAUGUGCAGUCUGCCGAAAUGCACAACCAGUCUGUCAACUCAUUGGCGCUCAUUGCUGCUCGAUACACGCUCGAAGCAGUAGAGGUAGUAUCCUUGAUGGGAGCAACAUAUUUAUAUGCCCUUUGUCAAGCACUCGACCUCCGUUCCCUCCACCUAGAGUUUGUAAAAGCAGUGAAACCCGCCAUCUGUGAGAUAUUGAAGGAUGUCUACGGCCCGGUAAUUCCAGAAGGCCAGCAGGAGUCGUUCUCCAUAUCUGGCUGGAAAGCCCUCCUGGAGAAGUGGAGUGCUCUGGCUCACCUCGAUCUUAAAGAUCGUGCAAAAGUUUCAGUAACAGAAUCAGUGGGGUCGGUAGUCGGGCUGCUGUCGUCCUUUGCUGAGCCAUUGUCUCUCGGAACAGAACCACCAUCGCUCCGGACGGUCGAAGAAUAUCAGGAACGAGCUGCGGACACUUUGAUCAAAGUGUAUGAAUCUGUUCGAGGGGAAUUUCUGUCACAUCAAUCGACAGGCACAUUCAUAAGCCAAUCUUCCGAGCUUGUGUACAGCUUUGUUAGAAACGAGCUUAGAGUGCCAAUACAUAGGGGACUGGCUGACCAUCCGUCACCGAAGUGUUCGGGAGGUGGUAGAACUUGUGGAAAUUGCACUGGGUCGAGGAAGAUCAUCGGAACCUACGCUAGCGACAUUUAUCUCGCAUUGCGAGAUGGUAGACUGUAUGGUGUGAUCAUGGAAGCAUUGCAGAAUGCACCCUGCCCGACUGAAGUCAGCGGGACAUGUCAAACUCCCUAGAGUCCGGUAGCACCAUAAUGGCGGCAGUACAGAGAGCUUCUGGUGCACAUCAUUGCUACAAAACGCUUAUUUUUGAGGCACAAGCUAUCAAGUUUUUAGAACACUGCAAUAUUGGUACGAGUGUUUUCGGGUCUUUCAGUUCAAAGUUUCUCUUUAUGAUAGUUAUCAAGUACACGGAAUGAACUAUU